UUGACGACCUUUUACCGCCCCCACCCACAGUCAAUCCAAAACAAAGUUCCCAAAACCAUAGCCACGCUCGCAGCAGCUGACGGAUCUCUCCAUCUGCUACCCAACAAUGGCGAUUUCGAGGCCAUCCGCAGCUCUGCUCUUUGCGAUCUUAACCGCAACUGCGUUGGUGGAAUCCAGCAGCGACAAUAACCACGUGUUCUCGCCGUGCGGCGACGCCUCAGUGCAGAGAUCCGAUGGUUUCACUUUCGGGAUCGCGUUCGCUGGGAGAGGAUUCUUCUUCGCCAACAACUCAGUUCAGUUGUCUCCUUGCGAUCGCCGCCUCUCGCUCUCCUCCAACAACGCUCAGGUCGCCGUUUUCCGCCCUAAGGUCGACGAGAUCUCCCUGCUCACCAUCAAUACCUCCAAUUUCUUCCCGGACUCCUAUGGAGGUUAUAUGGUUGCAUUUGCUGGGCGAAAAUAUGCUGCAAGAUCGAUCCCUGCUUUUGUUGCCAACAGUACUUACAUUGUAACAAGUUUUACUCUGGUUCACGAGUUCAAGAAAGGAAGGCUUCAAAACUUGUACUGGAAAAGAGAUGGGUGUGCCUCAUGCUCGGGAAAAUCAAACUUUGUGUGUCUUAACAAGCAAGAUUGCGCAAUUAGGACAAACAACUGCAAAAACCGAGGGGGGUCUGUGGAUUGCAGCCUCGGAAUCCAGCUGGCAUUUUCGGGCACGGACAAGCAUGAGUCGGUGUUCAAUUCAUGGUAUGAGGUGCAGAACCUCCGGCAGUAUUCUCUCUACGGCCUUUAUGCCAGCCUCCGGGACUCCCUUACCUCUCAGUAUAGCAGAUUCCUCUAAUAUUCUCGGAUAUCCGUUUCUUCUUCUCCUGCACACCGAUCAUUAUAGAUUGAUGAACACGAUUCAAGAGACAAGAAACCUCCAUGAGGAAAUUACCUAAUGUUUUUAUUCCAACUCUUUGAUGGCAAGUUAAGAAGGCAGGCUACGUGUAUGAAAGGCCAAAUCCCCGUAACGGUAGAGCUGACAAUUGAUCGAUUCGUGUUGGAUUCGUGUAGGGUUGAAUACUUUAAAUCGGUUAUAAAAUUCAACUUUAAUCCAA